AUGCCGUUUUUUCUUCAAAGUGUCAUCUCGAUGCCUGUUUGCAUUGCAAAGGAGAUGGUGAUUGCUGUAAGAAGUGUCUCUGUAUCACUAAUGCAGGAGGUGUCACAGUUCUGCUACAAUCAGAAGGAGACCCUGGAGAUGGUGGGAGCUGGAUACAUAGUUUGGAAAGGCCUGAAACUCCUGUGUGGGUGUUAUAGUCUGGUGCAGCAGAUCUGCCAGUGUCUGUUUAGCAACGCCAGAAUUAUAAGGCAAUAUGGAGAGUGGGCUGUAGUCACUGGAGCCACAGAUGGUAUUGGUAAAGCAUACGCUGAGGAGCUGGCAAGUUACGGCAUGAACGUGAUUCUUUUAGGCCGCAACACUGAGAAGCUCCAAAAUGUGUCUGAGGCAAUAAUGGCUGCCUAUGGCGUGAAAACUCGUUUCAUAGUGGCUGAUUUCAGCAAGGGCCGUGAAGUGUUUCCUGCCAUUAAGGAGGCUCUUAAUGACGUGGAUGUUGGUAUUUUGGUUAACAAUGCUGGAGUGUUUUAUGACUACCCUGCAUGCCUUAUGGAAGUACCAGAGAAUAAAAGUUUGGAGCUCAUCAAUGUCAACAUUGCUGCAGCUGUUAUGAUGGUAUAUGUAGUGCUCCCGGGCAUGGUGCAACGAAAGAGAGGAGCCAUUAUCAAUGUGGCCUCUGCAACAUAUUACACGCCCAUUCCACUUAUGACUGUAUAUGUUGCCUCCAAGUCUUUUCUGGAUUGUUUCACUAGAGCGUUACAGUAUGAAUAUUCCUCUGAAGGGAUAUUUAUACAGAGCUUGACUCCUUUUUUUGUGGUUACAAAAAUGACAGAUUUUUCUGAUUUCCUUACAAAAAAGUCCUUGUUGGUUCCACUUGCUAAACGCUACGCACAUAGUGCAGUGCGAACCAUUGGGAGAUCAUUGACAACCACUGGAUACUGGUCUCACGCCAUCCAGGGUAUUCCAUCAGAUCUUAAAGAUACAAUGGCUUUAUUAACUAUAUUAACUGCUGAUGUCAGCAGCCUUUACACCUGCAUACCACUCGAUGAGGAAGUAAAGGCUCAGUAA